CUUUUUACUUGAACGUUAUUUAUUUACAAAUUUUAUAAUAUCCUUGCAAAUAACUAUAAAACACGUAAAAGAUUUUGUAAUUUACUCAUUCAUCGGUUACUUUGAGAGCAGGAUAGUGAAAAUAAAAGUGAAUUUACAAAAAUGAACAUUUUCAUAAUAUUGCUGAUUUCUGGUAUUUGUCUGUUGGGCACAAAUGCGUCGAAAGUACCUUUUAAAAUGCCAUCAAAGUUUUUCGAAAAAGCAAAGGUGGUAAGCGAAAUGUGUAUAAGAGAAGUUGGUGCACCUUCAGACUUUAUGGAACAUCUUUUCCCAUGGAAUUAUCCCAAAAAUGAACUAAACGAAAAGUCUUUGUUUUGCUUCGUAACAACCUUGGGUUUGGCAAAUCAAGACGGUACAUUUUACAGAGAAAAAGUACAUCCAAUUUUUGCCAGCAGUGAAAAAUUCGAGGACAUCAAGAAAGCGUUCGCAGACUGUGAAGGUAAAAGAGGAAAUAAUUCACAAGAGACAGCAUACGUCAUAUCCGAAUGCUUCUUUGACAAAGUACCAAUCAGGUUCUUGAUGUGAAAAUAUUCUUAAAAUAUUUUCAGUUAGAAUAAACCGCUUUUGAAAACAUGUUUGAAUUUCUAAAAAAAGGUAAUUAGUCGAAAUAAACCUUAGUUUGCAUUGUUUACCUUUG